AUGGACGAAGACUUCGACAGUUUUUUGGAGAAUGUUGACAAAAUAAGUGAGCUUGUCAAGGAUCUACAGUCCUCUGAUGUCAAACUCCAGCAAAAAGCAAUAGAGAAAGCAGAUUGCUACAUUGCUGCCUUAGAUCAACCCUGCAGGACAAAAGUCAGCACGACUACAAUCAACACAAAGCCACCACCUCAGCCUUCCUCGAGUCUGCAGAAUGAAGGUCCAGACAAUUUCAUGAAGAUUAUGGAGAGAGAUGCUGAAGAUAGGAGAGUAAAGAGGAUUGCAAAAGCAAAAAAGGCAGCUGCACUCAAAGAUAAGGGGAAUGAAGCUUAUGCUAAAGAAGACUAUGAAACUGCUGUGAAGUACUACAGUGAUGGCUUGGCUGAACUACAGGACAUGCAGCCAUUGUACACUAACAGAGCACAAGCUUACAUCAAGCAGGGGAAGUACAUGGAGGCCAUCAGUGACUGUGAAUGGGCCCUGAAGUGUAAUGACAGGUGCAUAAAGGCUUAUCUACACAUGGGGAAAGCAUAUCAGGCAUUAAAGAAAUAUAAUGAGUCCAGAAACUGCUUUGAAAAGAUUGUAGAGAUUGAACCUGCAAAGGAGACGAUGGUGAAAGAAUAUCUAACCCAGGUAGAUUUGGAAGAGGUGAGAAGGAGUCAGGAAAUGAAUGCGAUGCGGGAGUUUGACAAGGGAAACGGGAAUGCCACAAGAGUAUCCGAGCUGCUGGAGAAGCUGUCAAGACCUGGCCAGAUUCCCUUGUACUACUGUGGAGGAUUGGAGAUUCUGACACAAGCAGUUACUGAUUGUACAGGCCAGACCCUUUUCAGGCUGAACAAUGGCUUUAGUAUCAUCAGCAGCAAUGACACGAUGAGGAGUUGCCUGUUGGACACAACAAAGUAUCCAGAAUUGUGUGUGUCUGUGCUGAAAAUGUGGAGGGUCAUUUGUAGUGGAAAUGAUGAAAAUCAGAAAAUGUUAAUGGCAUGCCCAGUCAGCAGGCAGUCCAUUGUUCACUUGUUAAUAUCAGAGCACGUUACAGUGCGGGAGGGAUGCCUGACAUUACUAUCUCUGUACGCACAGAUGCCACACGGCAGACGUUUGGCAAUCGACAACCUGAAUGUGCACAUGUUAGUGAGGAACCUCAUGGCGUGCAUCGUAAAGCCGAAGCAGCUGCAGGGGAGCAUAGCGGUCAACAUUCUGGAGAACUUCGCAGCAGAAAACAAAUUUUGCUUUCAGUUAAGGAACGCGUUGACAGACUCUGUUAUUGUGCCAUUUACAACAAUACUGAGAAAUAUCAGCGAGGCCAAUCGACAUGUCCUUGUAUCACUGAUGUCAGCUAUUGGCUGUUUGGCUCGAGAUGACAUCAUCUGUCGCAGCUUUGCCCAUGAUCCAGGAUGUUGGAAGGCCUUUGUGGUUGCCAUUAGGCAGUGCAGUGCAUGCGGAUACAAAGAUGUCAUUUACCCCAUGCUUGGGUUGAUCAUCAACCUUUCAGCUAUCUCCUCUCCAGUCAUUCAGGAGCAUGCUGUUUCACUCUGCGACUGCUGCCUGGGCCUGCUGAGGGAUAAUGAUGGUGGAGUCAUAACUAGAGCCACAGGCGUGCUGAGCAGUGUCCUCCCUCAGUCCCCUGAGGCUGUUCAGCAUGUUAUUCAUGGGGACGUGGUCCGCACCAUGCGCCGGUUGUUGAAGGGAACAGGGCAAACUGCCACUAAGUAUGCCAUUAAGACUCUGACAGUGUGCACUGCUGCCAGUCACUCAGCACAGGAGGAGCUGGUGAAGUCUGAUAAAAAACUGUCUAUUUUACGUCAUUUGCUGAGUUCCAGCUGUGAUGAGAUGGUGACAGGAAAUGCAGCCCUGUGCUUGGCCCACUGCCUUGAAUUGGAGGGAACUGCCAGCACCCUGCUGGGCACUGAUAUUGUGCUACUGCUACUGCGCCACGCCGCAGGGGACACUAAGAGAACAGCUGUGCGGCAGAAUGCAGCGAUUGCUCUGGGGAAGCUGUGUCGAUCUGAGCCCAGACAUAUGAACAAACUUCGAGAACUUCAUGGCCUUGAGAUCCUGCACUCCUGCACAAAGCUCCUCACAUGA